GUUAGCCAGCCGUGGUGGCGCCUGUACAAACUCUCGGAUGUUACCAUCGAGAUGUAUGUCCAAGAAAAAUAAAAGAAAUUCUAAAUGUUGUUACAGACAUAAGUAUUUGAAAUCAGUUAUCAUCUAAUUUUCCACGAAUUUCACAUUUAACAGACAAGAAUAAAAGUUCCUUAAUUUUUUAAAGUAGAUCUAAGGGAAAAUCAAAUUUUAUUCGUACUCGCAUCCAUGUAGGCCUACAUGUUCAUCACUUUCUACAAACUCAUAGUAGGCCUACAGGGCACGUGGACUUUACACGUCACAAGUAUUUUGUUCAGUACGUAAAAUGAAGCCAUAUAUAGAUCUAGUAAUCAAUCUAAAGAUGUGCUGAUAUAUUAACUAAACUAACAUGGCAUCUUUGUGAGGGGUCCUAAUACUAUUGCUAUAUAGGCCAACUAAGGCCAUAGAUAAUUCAAUAGAAAACUUUUGUGAAAAAUCAGACGAGAAAAAACAAUGGCCAUGGCUUCUUACCAAACGAUCAAGUCUUGUGAUUGUACAAACGAAACCAGAAAGAAACACGUCAUUGAUUUGCUGGGCAGUUGGAAGAGACGUUGCAUAGCCAAGGAGAAGUUAAAACCGAAUGGCUGGUUGGGCGCAAUAAUGUCCAGACUUUCGACAUUUAAUUGCAACAGUAAGAAAACAGAUCAUCCUAGUCGGGAAAAAAUUAAACGUUCCAGAAAGGAUGUCACUCACUCAAAGCUGAGUUUAGAGGACCGGCAGUAUCUUAAGUCGCAGAUAGCGAUUUGGUUCCCUUGCUUAAUGCACCGGCCAACCCUGAGCGAAUUGGAGGCUGCGCUAGCAGAAAUGGGCACUCGGCUAUUGCAGAAUGUUGCUUCUAUUCAGAUUAUGGAUUUGAACCCGAACCUUACCGUGAGCAAGAAGCAGCGCAGAUUGUUCCGUAAGAGUCAUUCUAGUUUAACUCCAAAAGAUGUCGGCCUUUUGACAAGUUCUGUUGGUGCGAGAAAAGAAAGUUCGGAGGAGAUUGAAUUGCCGGAGAUGAAAAUGUCCAACUUGUCUUUCAUCUCAACGAAACUGGAAAACUUACAAAGAAAAACGUUGUCCAACAGUUUCAUUUAUGCCGAGAAGAAUUGGCGCCACAAACUGAUGACCGACGACACUCAGAGUCUUUCAGAACAGAGAAGUAAAGACGAUGACGUCAUCAGCGCCGUCGCCCAUUCUCGGCUGCUUUCUCUGUACGACAAACGCAAGUACGAAAUACCAAGCUGGUUCCAGUGGCUGGUUCAAAUGGGAACAGUCAUCGACCUGGAAACUAUGGAUCAGCUAGAUAGCUCAAUGGGCGAGCUCAAGGAGUUAGUAGAUCUGCCAAGGAGAAUCAGCUUGCAUCUAAUUCCGCCAGACGAUUCAACCUUCGUGAAAGGUCAUUUGUUUGUCUCGUUGAGAGAAGAACAGUGCCUGAAAAAGGUCAAAGACAAAUGUGUCAACUUUUCAACCAACAACAGGGUUUUACAUUUGACAAAACCUCUGCCUGGAGCCAAAAAGUCGCAACCAAUGACGAAAGGCGAACCAUUCAAUUUCUCCCUACACGAAAAUGUAGUCGAAGCAAACGACAACUCUAGACACAACGAAAAUGACCUUUUUGAAACUCUAAGUGACAAGGAUGACUUCUUUCCGAAGGAGCGAACUCUAAGUUUUGAGCAUAAAUGGGCUUACGUCCUAUCUAAGCAUAAGUCCAAUCGAACAAGAAGACGACGAAAUCAGAAGUACACUACUCAUGACGACGAUAAAACUAACACUUGCAUGAUUGCACCCACGCAUAAAUACAACAAUAAUUCGUCACAAAUAAGUCCAUUGGUUGGUAUUACUUAUUCGUCAUCCCCACAAACAAAAAGAACUGAACAUGGUUUCGACGAGGAAACAUUUCGAAGAAGAACAUUGUAUGACAAGUUCAGAAAUCUUCUUCGCAUGGACAGAGCGAAGAAACCAUGCGGGUAUUCCAAUUGUAAAGCUGAAGAGAAGCCAAUGAAACCAACUGAGUAUAUUUUGGUUAAACCUUUAAUAAAGACAAAAGAUAAUUCGACAAAUGAAUAUGUUGUUUGUAAUUCAAAUCGCCAUAACUCUCCUCGGUUGCUCAACAUGUUAAAAGAUAAUAAAGAAAAUUCUAGACGAAAAGUGAAACACACGCACAACAAUGUCAAAGCAAAACGAACAGAAAGUUCACAACUAGAAGAUUUGUUUAUACAAAACAACAAGAACAUUGGUACACUGUCUCCCAAAGUUGAGACUACCGAUACAGUCUUAUGUAAAAAUAGAUACACUGUUCCAGUAGCACCUAAUUCUGAAGACUACAACAAGGCGCCUUUGAAGCGCAGGCCUAAACAACGGAAACGGACAGUGGGAUUUGUGAGUCAAGAUUCUAGAUCUAGAAGGCAGAGGGACAACUCUUCUCUGAAUGUAACAAGUUCAGGUCUCUCAACUCCAUGCUUCUUUGAUAACCCUGUGGGCUCGCAGUCCUUUGAAUGUUUGAAACUGCUCAACAUAUCACAAAAUAGGAACACUGGCGAUGAUAACACACAGCAUCAACCGAGUCCAAAAAAGACCGAGAGACUAAAAAACGUCAAUAUAGAAGCAGCGCUGCGCUCUUCCCAGAAAGACACAGGGAGAAUUCAUAAGCAAUGGCCUAGAAAAAAGGUGCCUUCGAAUAUUGAGAUGGAGGAGACAUUGCAAGGAUUGGGAAGAACUAGAUCAACACAGACUUCGGAUGUUGUUAAUGAAAGGGUUCAAUACAAAAGAUGCGCAAAGCAGGACAAUAAACCCUUAUUUGAUUCAUUUUCGGACUCCCCUGGAAUACGACUGAAUACAAAUAAUGUUUCUGUGUUGGACCUGACAGAAAAUAUUCGUGGUUCUCUCUCACACUUUGUCAAGGAACAGUGGCGUUCGUGCAGCGGUUCUAAAGACUUAGACAAUUCGGCUUUAUCCGACGAUUUGUGUGUGGAUUCGGAGUUUCAAUAUCUUUAUCCGAAGACCCGACCACAAUCUCAAUCCCAAAGCUCAUUCAAGUCUUUUCAAAAGUGUCAUUCCAAUGGCAAGAAUUCAAUGCAAAGCUCGAUAUGCUCUUCUGAACAAUGCAGGAUACAAAGCUUAAAAAACAACGUCUCUAAUACAAAAUGUCAUCCAGAAGCUGACUCGGGAAAAAAACAUUCUAAGGGGAAUAACUACACGAUAUCGGAAAGAGAAAAAGACGAUUUCAAAAUCGCUUGGUUUUCAAAUAAAUACAGCAGCUAUGACCGAUCUUCUUCUAUGGAACAUAUCCACGGAGAUUCUGAAUGCAAUGGAUAUAAUGAUAUUUCUUCUACUCCUGAGGUGUCACCAUCAACAUCUAGUCUGCCCAAGUCUAGUCUGCUCAAGUCUAGUCUGUCCAAUUCGGGUGAUAAUCAGUGUCGGAAUAGUGGCACCACAAAUCAAGAUUGUCUGACUCUGAGUGAACUGAGCUCACUAUUAGCAUACUGUUCAGAGAGAACUUCCUCAGACAAACCAUUGGCUGAAGACACAAUGGACGUUUUGAAAGCAAUCGACCAGACAUUGUCACGGUAUAUUCUCAAAGACUGUUUGAAACCUCGCUCUUGGAACGCACGUGAACACAAAGCUGAAGGCAAACUUCAAAAGCUUUGCGAUGAAAUCUAUCACUGGAAAAAAGGCAAGACAAACGUUCCUUACAAGAACUCGCUUAAAGACAACAUCGCGAUGGAUAAGGCCAGGCUGGCCAAGUGGCCUGACCAUGACAUGGUAAGAUCUCUACUGACAAAACAAUCCAUGAUGAAAAAAGCCACCGUCGGGUUUCCCCGAUUUGAUCAAACAGGUUUGCACCCUGCACGCCCACUGGACGCAACACAGAAUAAACUGGACAGUGACAAUGAAGAUUUGGCGCCAACAGCUGACUCUGAGCCCACAGCGGAGCGUAACACACGGGAUGACAAGGACAUGUCUCACUCACAUCUCAGAACUAACAAAGAGGAAGAGCGUUUUCAGCCUCACCAAAGACAGGAGGAUGAGCAUGAAAAACUUGAGAACCCGCGCCCUUACUUGACAGAUUCGUUGAAUGUGUUCCGAUCACCUUAUGUUAGCUGGGACAAAGAGGAGUACCCCAUCAAUCUGCCCACAAAGUCCAUGUUUUUUACCGAUUCUCCGUCAAUACCAGCCAAGGAGCAAAGGACGCAGCCGCGUCAGUAUUUUGAACAAAAAUAUUACAGUAAUCAAUCCUCGAACGAAAUGUUUAAGCCCAGCAAUGAAAAGAACACAUCGUUUGAAUCAACACUGACUAGUCGAUUACGAAAACGUGAAUGCCGGAAGACUUUCAGACUAACACCACGUUGUCCAGAUUCAGCGUUGUUUAGUGGACCAGAUAGUUACAACAUUCCUCAAGAUCUUUCUAAUCAGUAUACACCAUCUGACGAUGCUCCUGGCACUUUAGACAAUAAAACUGCGAGCUGUUUAGCGGAUCUCUGUACACAUAAUCCACCAUGUUGCUCUAAAUUUUACGACACAAGUCGAUGUUUGCAUUUUCCGGCCAAGCUAGAGUGUAGUAAUGGUUGCUACAAAAGGAGGUUAUUCGAUGUUUCGCCAACUUGUCAUAGAAGGAAGGUAUGUGAUUGCCAGGAGAAGAUUGAAUUACCAUUGAUGUCCUGUCUACCAAGAUGCACACCAGACUUUCACAAGCCUAUUUGCAGCUUUCCUAUGUCGUCAACUCUACAACCUAGCCGGCAGUCUAUUGCACACAUGACCUCCGAGUUUGAAAGAAAAUUUGGCUCUCCCGAAGAAAUGAUGCCCACGAGAAAGAUACCACUGUCGGAAAACCUGACAAUGUACUCAGGCGAUGUGUGUCACUUAGAAUGUAGCCCAGUUUGUCAUCGAUAUCCCAGCUUGGUUCCUAAUCUUAAAAAGAAAUCAGAAUGCCUGUGCAAACCUGAAGCUAAGACUAGGUGCGACAAGGACAUUAUUCAGAAAGAAACGGUUGAAUACAUCACUGACUUAGUUAAAGCUUGUCUUACAAGUGAACGUCGGGAGAGGAACAGUUUAGCCCAAUGCUGUAAAAGCGAGACCAACGUCCAGACUUGCAGGAUGAACGAUGAGGACAGGAAACUGAUUGAGUCCCUGAAAAGCAAAUUAGACUCAGCGCUGCUGAGGUGCUUCUGGAAAGACGAUAGCCUUUGUGCACCUAAACCAAGUCCAAUUGUUCAGUACAGUGCCAGAAGGGAGAAAGUGAAUGACUAUCCAUGCCGACCAAAGAAAUCCAACCCAACAAAGGGAAAGAAGCCAAAAGUGUGUUCCAGCUGUAUUCCAAAACGUCCUUGCCAGCCGAAAGCUAUGAGAAUGUAUAGCAAAGGCUUGCAGGCAGAUAUGUCUUGGGCAUCUGGUAAGAAUCGCGAUACUUCAGUGCAGACUAGCAUUCCGACUUGUAAACGCUGUGAGUGUGCUUUGACCACCAGCAGCAGCACGUGUCUGGUCAAACAGUCCUGUACUUGUGAAACUCUAUCUCAUGAAGAUAACACGACUUUAUGCUGCUCCCGUAAAUGUCACAAGAUUGGGUUGACAGAGAAGACAAAGUGCGCUUUGAUAGAAGACAUCUCCUCUUGUACGCACCAGGCCACCUGCGCUAAGAAGAUUGACAAAAGAAAUAAAGCCAUUCAAACAUCAAUUAUGUGCCGUGUGCCACAAACAUGCAAGAAAUAUGCGCCUAAUCUGGCCAGCACUUGUCACAGAGCAGCCAGUAAUAGCGUUUGCACGUCACACUCUGAGAUUUAUCCCAGGCUUUCCCCUGACAGGAUGGGAAAGUCGUCUUUCACAUAUGACGAUCAGAACUACAAAAUAAACCGCUGCUGUACACAUAAAAGGAACUUGAAUUAUGAUAUCAGGGAAGAUACUCCUAUUUCUUGCUUCAAACCACGUGGCACUAACUCGUUUUUCAUGAAGAAAUGGGAUUCUCCUUCAGAGUGCAUUUCAAAUUAUAACGAGUUUUACACAAGGCCAUGUAAGAAAUAUACCGCUGCCAACUACACAACUUUGUCUAGAACUCGAAGGCUUGAAAAUAAGUUCGAGGAUAAUAUAGAAAAAUGUAAGAAUGAUGAAAAUGUCCACUAUAAACCCGCUUGGUUAGAAUCAUUAAGCUCGAAGAACAAUGGCAUCUGUAAGGAGACGUCUGCUGAAAAUCCUUGCACUAAAGACUCUUCAGAUGCUAACAGGCCCAUUGUUCACAUUCGUUACAAAUCAAAGAAAGUGAACGGAAAGUCAGAGAUCACAGUCGAUUCUGUGCCGUGUAAAGAAGAUAAGAUAACAUCGCCUGUUAAAAAUCUAGCUCUUCAGUUAAAGAAACACGUAGAGCAAAUCAUACAGAACAGCAAGGAAUUGAAGCAGCAGGCAAUCAGUUCUGACAAAGGAGAAGUGAAGAACAACGGGGACUCUAGUUCGCAACGCGAUACGACAGUGUCCUGUGAUGACUGCCCUUCUGAAGUGGUCAAGUUCCACACCUCACGGAACGACGAUGGCACCUGGUCGUAUAAGGUGAAAAUCAAAAGUCCAAUGGGCCCUCCGGCACCGCCAGAGGAGAUGUCCGAGUCGUACGCCAGUAGAAACGUGAACUACGGAAACAACAACGCGAGUGCUGUAUCUGGACAAUUUAAAAGUGGCUACGGAGUAAAGGUGGACAUCAGGCUACCCAAAACUGUGGUGGACGACGCCAAAGAUAGACUGCUUCAUCGGGUACUUCCGGAGAUGCUAAAAGUCGUGCUGCGUGAAAUUCUUACAACGGACGACCUCAGCAGCAAUGAACAUCGCAGUGGAUUCUGUUCCGAACUGCAACUUGAUGAUAUUUACGAGAAUGUGAAUAGCAACGCAUGCACGGUGGACUCUGAAUAUUCCACACCUCCUUGUACCAAACAACGCGACAAAUGUCUUUCUAGCAAUCCGAAAAACAAAUACAAAUAUAGAUAUCAACGCGAAAUGCGUCAAUACAAAAUCGGCGAUCAACAUGACGAUGGAACACGCAACAAACAUCGCAAAAAAUGUCAUGGUAACAACAAUCAAUAUUCCAAGUAUCCGAGCUCUAUUCAAACAAACCGUACUUUCCAACAGUUCGUUGAGCGACACCGUUUGGAUAGACAUAGGUCGAAAAAACGAUUCGUAAAAAAUGUAUUUGUUGACCAGAAGUGUUUUGAAAGUAGAAAUGACAUUGAUAAGCUAAUGCCACAAAGCGCUUGUCAAACUGAAGGAUGCUGUAAUCACAUUGCUUAUGCUAAGAGCCCAAUAACAAACGAUGCAGUCAAGAGACAUAUUGGUGAAAUGAAUUGUUCUGUGAAUAGAGAACCAACACUGAACGUACAAUAUCCAAACCAAAAGCUGGCGACCAGUGCUGGUAGGCCAAGUCGUAGGUCACGGUUUGCAUCUUGUACUUUGUCCUCAAAUUAUUGCACAAAACAUCCCGUGACAAGAAUGAACACAUUUUGUAAAGAAUGUUGCCCAAUUCAUGAUGUGUACAUUAAAGAUCAAGCAAAGGAUCCUCGUUGGCACAAUCCAAUUAACGAAAACCACACCAUUAUUAUAGAAGAUUUGAGUAGCCUGUCACCAUCUGUUACUGCUUCUGGACAACGAACAUCGUCCAAUCAGUGUACCUUUGCCAAUAAAAUACAAAGCCUUCAUAGAGAUCAUAGUUUUAGAAGUAAAAAAAUAAUAGUAAAAGCCAGCAGAAAGCGACAAUUGGCCCGUGGAGCUAAGAAUCUCGAAAACGCUUGUCAAAAUGUGUAUUUCCCAGAAGUUGUGUGCUCGCACCCAGACGUUGUUAUGGAAUGCUAUGACAGUACUCCUGAGACAACGGCAAGACUUGACAAUCAGCUAGGAACUCGAACUGGAAACAUUGUCUUUCAAACUGUGCCCACUUUCCACCAUAUCGGUCACUCGGACAAAAGCAACGUGAGAGACAACACAGAACACACGAAUGCAGCUCACAAGCGAGCUAUUUAUACAUACAUGAACAAACAGAACGUGAAUACAAGUAUAAAGAAAACUAAAAAUAGAAUGACUUCCAUUGGCUGCAAUAUUCCUUAUUGUCAUCUUUUCGUUGACAAGGCGCCUAGAGCAGAGGAAAGUAAUAGUCAAUCACCGAUAUGCAGCAAGCAAUUUGACGAUCUAUCAAUAGACAGCGAGGCAUCAGACCAUGGAAUUGAAGACCUGCCUCUAGACUCUGCAAUAAAUUUGGCAUUACCACAGAGCACCUCAGAAAUGUGUACCCUGUGCGAUGCUUCAACUUCGAUAUCUAUAAGGCAAUGUUGCUCGGGAACAUGUAAGAGUAUCGUCGUCAUUCCUAACGAGAAAACAUUUGGAAUCGAUUCCAAGAUUGUGCCACAAGAACCGGGCAUUAAACAAUAUGUAGGUGAAUUAGACAAAAUACAGAAGUUCAAUGACACCAUCGUUGUGGAUAGGAUUAACCUGGUCUCCAAACAAGGGGAAACAAGCGUUCAAACGUUAAACAAGACCUUGAUGAAAUGUUCAGAAGCCACUAGAAACUCUGUUGGUGUCACCACGGAGCAAAAAGACAACUUUCCUCCAGUACCAGUGGUGAAUGGAAGUCCCACAAACGAGUUGCUCAUUUCUAGACCGAGUGAGACAUUCAAAUCUCGUACAAUAAUGAGCAACCAGAGAGUAGUAGCCGCAGUUCUAGGCACCGAUGUCAGUAGAAGCUAUCCACGUGGUUGGGCAGCCUGUAAGGACUCAUCAACCCUGACGGACAAUCUCUUCGUUUGUGAUAAGUCUAUGGGCGUGCGAGAUACGAAAAUACGGAAGCCCAUAGUGCCACCUCCUAAAACGACAAGAUGCUUGCCAAUAAAAGUCUCCCAUGACAUCCUAGAAUCUCAAAACGCUUUGCAGUCUGAGCACGGAAAAUGUUUAAAGAAAAGGGCGGCGACUUUGUGGAAGACGACAAACUCAAAGGGGUGGCAAAGUAUCUUGGUAAGCAGCGCAGAGUUGACCGAGUCGUCCAAAGAAAGGGUUGUACUCGAAGGGGCGUUUUUUAAAAGUCACCACCCUGGCGAUGGCCUCCCUUGCCAGACGGAGCAAGGCAGUUCUUUCCUGCCACAAAGUUCCAGUUGUCUUCUUCCAUUUCGUCUGGUUUUGUUCGCCUCAGGGCAGGAUUCAGACAACCAGACCAUAUCUGGAACCUACCUCAGACGAAUGGUCAGUGUGGACAGGUUCUUUAAGUGGAAUAUUAAUUUUGAUAUACCUAAAGCUAGUAUUUAAUUCUAUAGAUGGUAUAUUUUCUUCUUGACGGCACCACUAGCUAAAUAUCUUAUAAGACAUAAUUAGUAAGACUUAAGCCUGAAAGGCUAGAGAUAAUUUUGUGAUAAUGGCGAUAGUAUUGUGUACAUUGUUGAACGUUUGAGUGUUGGACUUUUGGGUAUCGCUAAUAAACUUUGUUUUGUGAGAUCUAAAACCUAUACUUUUACAAGAACUAUUAGAGUAUUGUUGAAACUCAAUAGAAUGGGCCAUGAUGACACGAGUAAAUAAAGCAACUUUGUGUCCAAUGAUCAGUGAAUAUUCUAGUUCAGAGCAUCGGUCAAGGGGAGACUACGGGAAAUAAAAAGAGACAAGGAGGAAAACGAUGUGACUAACUUAUGUGUAACUAGCCUUUACAUCUGUGCUGACCUAUAGUAGUAGAUUCAGACGUUUAACUUACAUGUAACUAGCCUUUACAUCUGUGCUGACCUAUAGUAGUAGAUUCAGACGUUUAACUUAUGUGUCACUAGCCUUUCUAUCUGUGCUGACCUAUAGUAGUAGAUUCAGACGUUUAACUUAUGUGUCACUAGCCUUUCUAUCUGUGCUGACCUAUAGUAGUAGAUUCAGACGUUUAACUUAUGUGUCACUAGCCUUUCUAUCUGUGCUGACCUAUAGUAGUAGAUUCAGACGUUUAACUUAUGUGUCACUAGCCUUUCUAUCUGUGCUGACCUAUAGUAGUAGAUUCAGACGUUUAACUUAUAUGUAACUAGCCUUUACAUCUGUGCUGACCUAUAGUAGUAGAUUCAGACGUUUAACUUAUAUGUAACUAGCCUUUACAUCUGUGCUGACCUAUAGUAGUAGAUUCAGACGUUUAACUUAUAUGUAACUAGCCUUUACACCUGUGCUGACCUAUAGUAGUAGAUUCAGACGUUUAACUUAUGUGUCACUAGCCUUUACAUCUGUGCUGACCUAUAGUAGUAGAUUCAGACGUUUAACUUAUGUGUCACUAGCCUUUACAUCUGUGCUGACCUAUAGUAGUAGAUUCAGACGUUUAACUUAUGUGUCACUAGCCUUUACACCUGUGCUGACCUAUAGUAGUAGAUUCAGACGUUUAACUUAUGUGUCACUAGCCUUUACACCUGUGCUGACCUAUAGUAGUAGAUUCAGACGUUUAACUUAUGUGUCACUAGCCUUUACAUCUGUGCUGACCUAUAGUAGUAGAUUCAGACGUUUAACUUAUAUGUAACUAGCCUUUACAUCUGUGCUGACCUAUAGUAGUAGAUUCAGACGUUUAACUUAUGUGUCACUAGCCUUUACAUCUGUGCUGACCUUUAGUAGUAGAUUCAGACGUUUAACAUUCCAUUUAUUCCCGCGUGGUGUUACUUCCUUGUUGAUCAUGAUUUUGUCAUCCUCUUGUCUACACUAACGUAACUAUUGCAAACGAUCUUGUCUUUAUGCACUGGGUAUGUGAUUGAAAUAUCUUGACAACCGAAGUUAGGCUUUUGUUUUUUUUAAAGACAAAAACACCAGUCCAGAAUUGUGUGGAAGUUAUAUUGCACACACACUAUCUUUCUAUCUAUAUACAUACAUUCACAUACAAGCAGUGAAAACAAAAAAAAAACAUCUACACAUUAUAAAUCAUUAUGUGAUUGGUUAAUAGAUUGGUUUAAUAGAUGUACGUCAGUGUGUUUAUGGGCCAGUGAGAUGUAAUGACCUGAUAAAAUGAGAAAGAAGACGUUUCAAGUUUACAACACAUCUCUCCGCCAAUCUUCACAUUCUGCCACAGAUCCUUGAGAUUGUAACUAAUGUCUUGUCGCACAAACUUGUUCCCUAGACUUUGUUUUCAAUGACUAACCAUACCACUAGGGCAUUAGGGUCACUGAAAUGGCCUCUACAAUGAAGUGUAAGCUUGGAAAAAAGGGGCGCCUUGUUUCACUGGCAAUAGUUAACACACACACACACACACACACAAUUAUAACAAAUGCGAACACAUUUUUGAUAAAUACGGUUUAAUCUCUUUUGACAUCUACACUUUAUAAAUAAUGAUAUGAUUGGUUAUUACAUGGAUUGGUUUAAUAGAUGUUCAUUUCAUAUUUUGUUAAACUUUUAUACCAUGUACUUUCUUAUAUCUGUGCUAGUUAAAAUCUUGAUACAAAGACAUAAACAUUGGUAGAUCCC